UUCAUUAGCCGUCUUCUAGCUUCCCAGAAUCUCUGGGUUUCCGUCGUUGUCAUUUGGGCUGGAUACCGAAUCAGGUGGGUCUUCUCCAUUUCCUCAUGUAGGUGUUUUGCCAAGCAAUCGUGUCCGGUACGUAGUCUAAACUCAGCAAUGGAUUUGAUUCUUGGCCAGUCGGGUAUGUCGGAAAGUGCCACUGUCCACUGUUUCUCCUUUGUUAAAGCUUUAAUUUCGUUGGACCUUGAGGUCUGGAAUUCUUUCCUGAUUAAGGCCUUCAUUGUGUGGAAAGACAUCGGCCGGUCCAUGCUUUGCAAAAUCGUUGUCCCCUUCUUAGCAAGUGUGUCAGCAAGCUCAUUGCCUUUAAUGCCACAAAUUAGCUCCUCUUUCCAUACUAAGUCAUAUGCUGAUGAAUCUUUGAUGUGUUGGGAGAAAAAUAUUGUUGGUCUCAAGGAACCAGGUCAGCUUCCUGUUAACCAUCCUUUCCACAAGUUUAAGCCUAUAGUUGUCAAAGUUGCUAGGGUCUUUGCCCUUUUUCAGUACUGGUAUUACAUUGGCAACUUGGUUAGGUACAAGACUGGUCUCCCAGAUUUUGUUGAAAGUGUCAGCACAGUUUCCUUGGCUGUUGGUCCCAUUCUUAUUAGAAAUUCCGAAUGA